AUUGCGCUGCAAGUACUUUGGCCUUCGCGGCGCUCCGUGAUCCGGCGGGCUGCCGGGCAACCGACCGGGAAACGGCUGGCGUUGCUGCCCCGGGCGCCGCGGGACUCUCGGAUCCGGUGAGCGCGUGCUCGAGCUUAGGCUGGCGACUCUUCGCGAACUCGAGAGAAGUGCAAGUCUGAGGUUAGGCUGGGCCGAGGGGCAGGACGAGGCGUCCUCUAUCGUCGCAGAUGGCACUCCCCACGCUGCCCUUUUACUGGUCCAGGAAGAGACCCCAGGAUCAGAAAGUAGCUCGCCAGCGCCAGCGAGAGCAGGAGGCCCAACUUCGCCAGCAGUGGGAACAGAACAGCCGUUAUUUCAGGACUUCGGAUAUCCACAGCUCCAAACAGGCGCAAUGGAGCUCCGAGACCUCCUACCAGCGGAGCAUGCACGCCUACCAUCGUGAGAAGAUGAAGGAGGAGAAGAGGAUGAGUCUGGAAGCCCGGCGUGAGAGACUCAGGCAGCUUGUGCUGGAGGAGCAGGAGCUGCUGGCCGCUGAGCUGAAAGGGCUGAGGUUGAACAUGAGCGUGCGGGAACAAAGAAUCCAGGAACAGCACAGGGAUCUGAAGUCAGCCCGGGAAGAGCGAAGGAAACUGAUUGCUGAACAACUUUUAUAUGAUCACUGGAAAAAAAACAACCCUAAGCUUCGAGAGGUUGAGUUGGACCUUCACAAGAAGCAUGUGAUAAAUUCUUGGGCAACACAGAAAGAAGAAAAAAAACAGCAAGAAGCCGCCGAGGAGCAGGAGAUCAAGCGGUUUGAAAAUGAGUAUGAAGCAGCCCGCAGAGAAGCCAUGGAACGGAUGAAAGCCGAGGAAGAGAGGAGGCAGCUGGAGGGGAAGCUUCAAGCCGAAGCGUUGCGUCAGCAGAUGGAGGAGCUGAAGCAGAAGGAGAUGGAGGCAUCCAAGCUGAAGAAGGAGCAAGAGAACCUGCUGAAGCAGCACUGGGAGCUGGAGAGACUGGAGGAAGACAGACGGCAGAUGGCGGCUCUCCGGUGCAAGGCUGAGCUGGGGCGCUUCUUGAGACAUCAGUACAAUGCCCAGCUCCAUAGGCGGACCCAGCAGAUCCAGGAGGAACUGGAGGCGGAUGGGCGGAUCCUGCAGGCACUCCUGGAGAAGGAAGAUGAGCUGCAGCGUGUCCAACUGGCGCGGCGGGAGCAGGCCCUGGCCGAUGCAGCCUGGAUGAAGCAGGUCAUCGAGGAGCAGCUGCAGCUGGAGAAAGCUCGGGAGGCAGAGCUGCAGCUACUGCUGAGGGAGGAGGCCAAGGAGAUGUGGGAAAAGAGAGAAGCAGAGUGGGCUCGCGAGCAAAGUGCACGGGACAGACUGAUGAAUGAGGUUCUGACAGGGAGGCAGCAGCAGAUACAAGAAAAGAUCGAGCAGAACCGGCGGGCACAAGAAGAGACCCUAAAACACAGGGAAAAACUCAUCCAGAGUCUGGAGGAGGCAAGGCAGGCAGCUCAGCGUGCAAAGGAGGAGAGGGAAGAGCUGAAGUCAGCCAGAAAGCAAGAGCUGGAAGCCCAGGUUGCAGAACACCAGCUCCAGGCUUGGGAAGCAGCCCAGCAGGCGGAGGAGGAAGAGGAGGAGAUCAGGAGGGCGGAACAGCUCUCCGAUGCUCUGCUACAACAGGAGGCCAAGACCAUGGCUGAGGAGGGCUACAGGCCCAAGCCUUAUGGACACCCCAAAAUUGCCUGGGACUGACGCUAAGCACACGGAAGCAUGCCAACUUGAUAGAAAACUCCAGACAUUUGUACCGUACUUGUUCUGGCCAGGGCUCAGGGUGCUGCUGGGUCGUUUGACCAGGCCUGUUCAGGCACAUCAUGGUCCAGCUAGAUGUCAAGAUGCCUUAGGUGUGCAGCACCCAGUGAGCACCUCCCCUGCUUUCUUCACCCAGACAGGUCUUACAGACAGAGCUACUAAGAACAAGUGGUAUUCCAAGGAUGGGAUGUGUAGGUUCCCCUCGUUGCGCCUGCACAUAUCAGCCCUGGGGAGGACCAGGCAGAGAGAGGAGGGAGCCUGUUAGGCUUUAAUAAGUUGUUCUGUUGAAGGUAGACUUGUAGGUCUGGGUGCAGUUAUUUCAGGUUAUUAGUUGCGGAGCUCUCAAGGAUCAUGUGUGUGUGUAUUGUGUAAGAGCCUGGCAGCCUGGGUGUCAGGAAAAACCGGCGACAAAGAAGCUCCUUGUUCUGGAAGUGCUGUGAGAAUUCCCAUGGGCUGGUGUGUGGAUGGCUUCCCUGGCAGCCUAUGGUCCUCAGUCUAGCCCCAGCCCCGGUUCCACCAGAAAGAAACAAGUCCCACAGAGCAUUAGAGCAUGCCACCCGAAAAAGAGUCCUCAAGGUCACCUGGUGGGCGAGCCUGGUAAAGGCAGGGGCAAUACUAGGUUCUCCAGAGUCUGGGGAAGGCCUGUAUGUAGCCCUGUGGGAAUUAUGUGCCCAGAGGAGCGUGUGACCCUGGAGAACCACAGAUCAGCCCAUCCUCCUGUUGUUGGACCCAUGUGCUCAGUUCCCAGCUCUCUUCUGCAGACAAGCUGUGAUCUUUGCAACAUCAGUGGUAUCUUUAUGACUUGUACUUUUCCAUGCCCUUCCUCUGGGAUUCAGUUUUCAUUAUUGUAUUCCAGAUUCCAUACCUCAGUGAACUCUAGCUAAUUACAGGGCCUUCUCUCUGGUUACAGAAACAGCCCAGGUCCGAGGGCUGCGUCGCUUUCCUCCCUCCCACUGUGCAACCCCAUCCUGUCUCCUCAUUUCUCACUGUGGUUCUCGGAUGUGGCCCCUGCGCAACAUUUUCAUUAGGCACUUGUGAGUUCCCGCCUUUUCAAAUGCUCACUAAUUGUGAACCAAAGCACAGGCUGUCACUGCUGUAGGAGGGAACUUAAGAGGCCAAUGCAUACAUCCACAUCACGGUCUUCCCCUGGUCACAUUUCAUAGGUUACAUUCACUUUUCUUGUGAAAGUGGUACCCUCGCCCUUUAUUUCUUUGUUUUUGAGACACUGUUUUUCUGUGUCUGUCCUGGAACUUACUUUAUAUAGACCAGGCUGGCCUCGAACUCACAGAGAUCUACCUGCCUCUGCUUCUGAAGUCAUGGGAUUACAGGCAUGUGCCACUAUGCCUGGCUUUUCCCUCAUAUUUCUAUGGGAACCACAGAGUAUCACUAAUGGUUGUAUACUGCUCCAGGCUAGACCCCAAGUGGCCAAACACUACACACGAGUGACUGAAGGUUUAUCGGACAAACAUUGUUUUUACUAGCAUUAAAAUGAUGUCCCACUGGUU